AUGGGGAACAAGAUAGCGAAGACGACGCAGGUUUCGGCGUCGGAGUACUACCUCCACGACCUACCUUCGUCUUACAAUCUCGUCUUCAUCGAGUCCCUCGGCCAUGAUCGCUUGUUCAAGUCCAUCCGCUGCAAGCACGACGAGGGAGAAGUCAUCGUUAAGGUCUACUUCAAGCGUGGCGAUUCCCUAGGGCUCAAGGUUGGACUAUCUUCUCACCCCUUCGACACGCAUAUGCGGGUAUUUCUCCUCGCUAAGUUUCUCCCCAGUCUCAGCCUCCAAUAUAUGCAGGAGCACGAGAGAAGGUUAUCUGAGAUAAGGGAAAUUCUUCGCCGGGUUCAGCACUCACAUGUUUGGCCCUUCCAGGUGUGAUGUCCAAUGGAGGCAGUCCCCAAAAUAUCUUCACGAAGAAUCCGCGUGAUGUAUUUUUUCACAAAUGUUCUGAUGUUGUUUCCUACUAGAAUUACGAACCAUGUUUUCACUAAAACCAUCUUAUGUCGCUUUUGGAACCGCCUGAUGCCAAAAUAUUAAUAGGUAAAGCAGUCAUGUCUGAGUUCACUUGCGUCCUCCGAAAAAUUAUCCCCCCGAAUGGUAAAGUUCAUUUGUUUUAACCCGAAAUGUUCUACUGAAAGGCCGUUUCGGAACAAAAAUCUUGAAUCAUAUUUUUUACUGAAACCACCUUAUGAUUUUUUUUGGAACUUGUUGAUGCGGAACGAUUACUAUAGUCAUAGUAAUUGCACAUCAUAAGUAGUUAAACCAGAAAUUAAACAUCGUCGUCUUACACUUUUACAAAGCUUGUAUGUAAGAUUAUUUUUCUAAUUUACAUGAAACUGCUAAUAUAGUUUUGGCUCGAGACGGACAAGGCAGCAUACCUCUUGAGGCAAUAUUUCUUCAGCAACCUACAUGACAGGCUGAGUACUCGGCCUUUCCUCAGUCACGUCGAGAAGAAAUGGCUUGCCUUUCAGGUGACAGUGAUGACAUCAGUUUUCCGUUAUUGUUACAGAGACUAGCAUCCUGAGAAAAUUUGUUGAUUUUCUAGUGGGUGAGGGAGAUAAGCAUUUAUUCUCCUAUGUGCACCGAUUUAACUUUGCUAUUACGAAUUCUUCUGCAUAAGCAUUUAUUCUUGUCGUCUUCAAUUUUUUCAGAUGUAUGUUUGCCGACUUAGCUAGUUUGGUUGUGCAGCUCCUAUGUGCAGUCAAGCAGAGCCACGAGAACGGCGUCUGUCAUGGUGAGGGGAUCCAGUACAGAUAUCAGUUUCCGUCUCGGGAUUGAGUGGCAGAUAUGAUAGCAGUAACGUGGGAUUUGCGUCUUAAUUAUUCUAGGUGAUAUCAAAUGUGAAAAUGUCCUUGUUACAUCAUGGAACUGGUUGUACCUUGCGGACUUUGCAUCAUUCAAACCAACAUACAUACCUGUUGAUGACCCAUCAGACUUCUCAUUUUUCUUUCAUACUGGAGGCAGGAGACGAUGUUAUCUUGCACCUGAGGUAAGUUUCAUUCUUGCCUUCUGGUAUAUCUAUGCUCAGCAUAAAAUGUGAACAGUACACUCGGAUUUAAGGUUCAUUGGAGAAACUAUGUGAUAGACUGGUAGAACAAAACAUUUAGGUAAAGCUGUUUGGAUCCGCUGGUUUCUACCACAAGUGGAUCUUCAUAUUCUUCUGUUGGUGUAUUUUAGCCGUGAGGAUACAGUGAGGAUUUGCCUUUUUUUGAAUCAUGAACGUUUAGAAAAAGCCUUUAACUUUUUUUCUUAUUUGGUCGUCAAAAAAGUCAAUUAUUCAAACAAGUUUUGACAACCUAGUUUUCACGGCGUCCAGGCUGUGUAGAGAUGUCUGCUGCUGCCUAUUUUUGAGUCCCCAGUUGAGGACACUUGUGAGCUCCAGUGACGAGGGAAGGUUCACAUUGUAUAGAAUUAAUCAUUCUUAUGAUGCGUUUUAAUGACUCAACUUGAAACUUAUAUCCGUUUUAAUUGAUUUUUAAUGCCUACGUCUGUUUGUGUUUCCGUAAGCCUUGCAAGAUGAUUCAUUUUGUUCUCAUCAUUGUUUUUAGAGAUUUUAUGAGCAUGGAGGUGAGAUGCAAGCUGCGCCAGAUGCACCCCUCAAAUCAUCCAUGGACAUCUUCUCCUUAGGGUAUGUGUUUUAAAUAAUAUACCUCAGUUUUGCUCGACCUAUAGGCAUCUAAAUAAUGUUUUGGAUCCGCUGGAUCUAUUUAUUUUAAAUAAAAUGAUCAGAUAAUUUUUCUGUGGUUAACUGAAGACCUUUGUUAUGUAGUGUCUCUUGAUUGUAAAAAAAAUCGUCUUAAAGCAUCAAUUGACAGCAUUAAAGCGGCUUAGUUCAAAUUAAGGUGCAAUGCUAAUGAAAAACGUAGCAACAUGUGAAGACGUAAAACUGGCACUCUCAAAAGGAAAGCUCCUUAAUGGAUUAUCCGUUUUCUUCUGGAGAAGGCUGUUACAUGACAAUCAAUGCGACUGAAAAACUGGAGUGUAACCAACAAAAGUUAUGUUAUCGAAAACCCUAGAGUAUUGUAAAAUCUUUGGCUUUGACUUAUAAAACAAUCAGGCACUGAACAUUUAGUGCUCCUCCAGUAAUUAUGCCAUGUACAUAUUCCUACCUGCAAGCACUUGGAUUAUUUUAAAAUGGUGAACUAAAUUCCAGAUGAAUAGCAUCUCACUGUAACUGUUUUAGGAACUAUUUUUUUCAUUCUAUUCAAUGUUAUGGUAAUGUCCUUUUUAUCUCAAUAUGAGUAGUGUCCCAUCCCCACGACCUUAGGUCUCCCAGCAUCUAUCCGAACUCAGUAGCAUAGUUCCAAACCUUCCAGUCAUCGAAUAUUAGCAUGUGCUAAACUACAGAUCUAUUUUUCACAUGCAAUCAUAGAAAUUAAACUGAUUGUGUUUUUUCAUUUUUUAUUUUGAAUUUACAAAAGACGAUUGGAAUCUUCAUCUUGUUUUCUAAAUUGCGGUUUCUGGGAAAUCAGGCUAUAACAAACUAUACCUUUUAGAGAAUGAUGCCACUGUGAACUUGGGCAAAAAAUAUUUUUCCUUUGUAGAGCAGUGUAAAAAAUCUCUUCUGCAGUCCAUGGUCAAAGGAAAGGUAAGGGGAGGUCAAUAAGAGCCGUGGAGCUGAGCCAUAUCCAUAAUCACAUUGUAUGGAGCGGAAACUCUUUUUCACGCAGCAGAAUACAUCUGAGUGAAAAAAAAACCCGAAACAAACUGAGUACGCUUUAUCUUUAUUUGCCACAAGAGUGAUUUAUCGAUCUCCAAAUAAGAAAGGAAAACAACAGUGCACUUUUUCUCUUUUGAUUUCAAGGUAGAUUGGUGCAGACAUCAAAGCUCUUCUCCCGAUUUAAAAUCCUUGAGUUAUCACAUAAACUUUACUAUGUGUUCGUGAUUGUAGAACAUAUUUUGUUGUCUAUUUUAUUUGAUCAAAAAAAUAAUGUAAUGUAUUAAUAUUUACUUUCCAGUAUUUUUUGGCAAAAAUGUUUAUGUUGCUUGUGUAGUAACGGUAUGGAUCUAAUCUGCUUUUUAUUUUGUUUCAUGCAUCCCAUUUUUUAUAUUCAAAUUUAAUUGCCAAUAAUAUGUCCUUGGGAACAUUAUUUUUAUUUAUAUGCAUUCAUUCUAUUGUACUACCAUCAAUUAACGUCUGUUUCUAAUAUAAUUUUUUUUACUACAGAUACUUGGGAGAUGUCAUCACAUGCUUUACAUUAGCAUUGCUUAGUAAAUUUCACAUCUUGUCUUCUUUUUUCGUAGGUGUGCCAUUGCGGAACUUUUCCUUGAUGGCCAGCCUCUAUUUGAGUAUUCCCAGUUGCUUGCCUACAGAAGAGGCCAAUAUGAUCCUUGUCAGCACCUUGAAAAGGUUUGUUUUCUUAGUUUCUCUUAUUUCCUUAUUAGAAGAAGAAAAACUCGUUAAAUGAUUUUAUGGGACGAAUGUGAUAAAGAGGACGUAGACGGAUCAAGUUAAACCGAGCUCCAUUGUUGUGUUAAUUGAAAUGAAGAUUUAUUCUUAAAUAAUUUGGCACUCCAUUGUUGUGUUAAUAAUUUUCUAGAUCAAUGAGCAACUAGGGUAAACAGAUGGAGGAUAUGGGAUGCUUUAUUCUGUGUCUAUGUAUCCUCCGAAUUACAACUCCUAGAGGCAAGUUUACUACAAGUUUGAGUCCCCUGAAAGAAACUAUAUUGCAAACACGCCUUCCACUUUCACGUUUUCUUCGCUGUCCGAUUUCGAAAGAAGAAGAGUAUUACCCAUUGAACUAUGAGUUCUUGCAUUUCCUUGGUUGCUUAAAAGCAAUUUUAAAUCUCCAAUGGAAAGGCACUGUAAAAUUCAAGACAAGGUAUUUAAAAAUUGUUGUAUGAUAAUUUUUUGGUUCCAUGGUCCUGCAUACUGGGCAGCGAUAUUUCACUAGCGAAGUUAUGCUUCAGAUGGAUGAAGUUUGAGUUUAUGUUCUCCAGUAAUCCAUCUAAGAUCGUCACUAUGUCUAGUGGGCAGUAUUUUCUUAGAUCUUGAAGGGAUGGAGACAGUUCUUUAAAAUGUCUUUUUGUUGGCUUCAGAGUAUAUUUCCCAGUCAUUCCCUGAAUGCAGAAAACAAAACUCGGCUUUUGACUCGGAAAAGGUGGCUUUACAUUAGUUUUCUCACCUUAUUGACAUAAAAUUUAGUAGCUAGGAAAUUAAUUUCCUUCUGGAUCCUACAACUAGGAUUUUAUGAAAACUGAGGUAUCAUUUCACAAGCAAAGCUUGGCAACAUAAUCUUGUGUUUUAUAAAGAUCGGCCUGAAAAAAGCUCAAAAAAAUUAAAUUAUUUUAUUUACCGAACUAGCCUUCAUUCUCAUCCUUGCUGCAUUACAGUUGGAAACUAUAUUCAUUUCCUUUUGUUUAGGUUUUAAUCAGUCAUCAAAUAUAGAGGUCAUCAUACCCUCCAUCCUACAGAUAUUAUGUGGCUGUAGCCCUUCCUUUAUGCAUAAACUCUACUUGACAGGGAAAUGAGGAGGUAGAAGCCAUUCAUCAUGAUAACUUUUAUUAAGAAUAGUAAAUGUGCAUUUAUAAAACCCAUCUAUGUCCAAAUAUUUGCAGGCAGAGACAUUGAUUCCUGGAUUAUACUUAGCCAUCAGGCAUUAGAUCUCAUCUUUUAUCUUUUCAAUCAGAAUAGGCUUAGUUAUUGUACAUUCAUAUGAUUGCCGUGCUAUUUCACUUGAGAAAUUGCUGCUAAUGUGGAAUAUAUGACGAGUGCAGAUAACAGACACUGGAAUCCGCAAGAUGAUAUUACACAUGAUCCAGUUGGACCCAGAACUGCGGUUGUCUUGUGAAAGUUAUCUGCAGGAAUACGGAUCUGUUGUAUUUCCAAGCUACUUCUCACCAUUUCUACAUAAAGUUUUUUCCUGCCUGGUCCCUCUGGACUCAGAUUCACGGGUAAUAAACUCUCAUGUGACGGGUUGCUGACGUUUUUCAAGUAUAAACAUAUUUUCAUGGAUCUCUCUCUCUCUCUCUCUCUCCCUCCCCCCCUCCCAGGUUGUGGUUAUCCAAAGUGCAUUUCACGAAAUACAUAGACAGAUGGUGGGUAGUAUGUCACGUGAAGAGUUUACCUCAAAAUCUGGUUCAACAUUCAAUGUGACAAGUCAUGAACCUGAUCAACAGACUGUUGGAAGAAAGGAAAGCAUGAAUGCCACGCAUACCCACUCAUGCGGUAGUGAGAUAGGGAAGGAUACCCUUGUCAGGAAAGUUUCUUCCCUAUUUAAGGAGGUGGAACAAGGCAAGGAUUUUUUAGAUGCCAAUGUUACGCUUCAAGACGUUUCUUCUAAUUUAAGCAGUGUCAACGUCUCUCAAGAUAUGGAGCAGCCUAAACAGCAAUCUCCGGCUGAGAUUCUUAAAACCAUUUCAAAUGAAUAUAGAGAAAAAGAGUUCCCUCUUUUGAGAAAGAUCCAAAAGAGUGAUCUGAAGUUGUUGAUGUCUGAAUACAAUAGCCAAUUAGAUGCAUAUAUGUAUGCCUUGUUUCCAGACAGCAGAUCAAAUUUGAGCUGUGAAGGUAUGGUUCUGAUAGCUUCUUUGCUUUGUUCGUGCAUACGGAGUGUCAAACAACCACAUAUGAGAAGGGGUGCUGUGUUUAUGCUGCUGCAUUCAUCUUUAUACAUCGAUGAUGAAGAUCGCUUGCAACAUGUACUUCCUUAUGUUAUAGCAAUGCUUUCUGAUACUUCGGCAAUCGUUCGUUGUGCUGCUCUAGAGACUUUAAGCAACAUUUUGCCACUAAUUAGAGAUUUUCCUCCCAGUGAUGCGAAAAUUUUUCCCGAGUAUAUUCUUCCAAUGCUUUCCAUGCUUCCUCAUGAUCAAGAGGAAAGUGUCAGAAUUUGUUAUGCCAGCAAUAUCUUCAAGAUUGCUCUCGCUGCAUACCGGUUCUUGAUUUGUUCUCAAGGCUUAAGCGACUUUCAAUCUCUGGAUAAGCUAAACUUGCCACCAAGGUCUGUGCCUCAUUCUGAAACAACAGCAAAUAAGCAUAGAGAUGCUAUUGAUGCACAUAUCUUGCAGCUUAGAAGGUCCAUAGCAGAAGUUGUUCAAGAAUUGGUGAUGGGACCAAAGCAGACCCCAACUAUUAGAAGAGCACUUCUGCUUGAUGUUGGUCAAUUAUGCUAUUUCUUUGGUCAGAGACAGAGUAACGACUUUUUGCUACCAAUCCUCCCAGCGUUUCUGAAUGAUCGAGAUGAGCAACUAAGAGCUAUAUUCUAUGGCCAUAUUGUAUUUGUGUGUUUUUUUGUUGGCCAGAGAAGCGUUGAGGAGUACCUCUUACCGUAUAUUGAGCAGGGUUUAAGUGAUGGUAUGGAGGCUGUCAUCGUUAAUGCUCUUCAGUGCUUGACUAUGCUGUGUAAAAGUGGAUUCUUAAGGAAAAGGAUACUUCUUGACAUGAUUGAGAAGGCUUUUCCCUUGCUUUGCUAUCCAAUUCAGUGGGUAAGAAGAUCAACAGUUAGUUUCAUCGCUGCAAGUAGUGAGAGUUUAGGACUAGUGGAUUCCCAUGUUUAUCUCUCUCCAGUGUUACGCCCAUUUCUUCACAGAGAACCAACUUCUUUAUCGUCUGAAGCCUCCUUACUUUCUUGUCUCAAGCCUCCUGUAUCAAAAUCAGUAUUCUACAAAGUCUUAGAAAGUGCGAGGAGUUCUGACAUGUUGGAGAGACAGAGAAAGAUAUGGUACAAUACACCUGCCUCGUCGAAGCAAUGGGAAGAUAUUGAAAACACAAAUAAGGUGGCAAGGGACCAAAACACUAGAAAGAAGGAAUCCAACGUUCAGGAUAAGAAGCAUUCAAAUACGGUCACUCAGAAGUUAAUUAUUCCCGACUCUGAAGACACGACAAAGUCUAGAGUUACUGGAGGUUCUCUUCACAAUUUUCCUAGCAUGGUGGAUGGUAGAGACCCUCUUUCCUCAGAGAAGAUGCAAUUUUCUGGCUUCAUUUCACCCCAUGUCAGUGCUGGAAACAGCUUAGUUUCUGAUGGGCAAUCUGAGGGCAUACCUGUAUAUUCUCUGACCACGGUCAGGCAUCCAACAGGAGCAGAAGUAACAAGCUCUGAGACUACAAUGCUGCAAUGGAAUUCUUCUGGAACUGCCUCAAUAUCCUCACCUCUGGCGGACCCAAGUAACAGACAAUUUGGUUUGUCCACCUCAGGUCCACCCAAGCUUGUGUCUGGGUCUUUUCUGAACAUUAAUAAUGGGUCCCAAAGAAUUAAGUUUCCAAAAGAACCCGAAGAGAAGGAAAAUGAUCAAUCUGGUUAUAUAACCAGCAGAUUUCGAGAUAUCACUGUCGCUGAUACCCUCAAAGGUAGUUCAUCUAUGACUGGAGAAGAUGCCGCGCCGCAAGGUGAUGCCACUGGACUGCCAUCCUUUGCCAGGGCAACAUCUAUUCCAGAGGCAGAAUGGAGGGUUCGUGGUGUGCUGGUUGCACAUCUCCAGGAACAUCGUUCUGCAGUGAACGAUAUCGCCGUGUCAAUUGAUCACAGUUUUUUUGUGACUGCAUCUGAUGACUCUACUGUUAAAAUAUGGGACACAAGGAAGUUGGAAAAAGAUAUUUCUUUCAGAUCGAGGUUAACCUAUCCACUUGAUGGAAAUGGAAAUCGAGCUUUAUGCACCGCAAUGCUUCAUGGUGGUUCUCAGGUCGCUGUUGGUGCAUGCUGUGGUACAAUACAUAUAUUCUCUGUGGACUAUGUAUCAAAGGGGCUAGGCAGCGUAGUUGAGAGAUACUCGGGUAUUGCAGAUAUUAAGAAGAAAGAUGACGGGGAAGGUGCUGUCAUUAGUCUUCUGAACUGCUCAGUGUACGAUGGUUCCCGCUCUCAGAUGCUUCUUUACAGCACCCAGUAUGGCGGGGUUCAUCUGUGGGACACGAGAACAAACUUCAGAACUUGGACGUUUAAAUGUGCUCCGGAUGAGGGAUAUGUCUCUACUCUUACAAUAGGCUCAUCUGGUAAUUGGUUUGUAUCUGGUUCUUCCAGAGGCAUGAUUACACUGUGGGAUAUGAGGUUUCUCUUGCCGGUUAACUCAUGGCAAUACUCUGCACAAUGCCCCAUAGAGGAUAUGUGCUUGUUUAUACCCCCCAUAAACAGUGCUAUGCCUGCUUCGGGUAAGCCCUUGGUUUAUGUAGCAGCUGGCUGCAAUGAAGUUUCUCUUUGGAAUGCAGAGAAUGGAAGCUGCCAUCAGGUAUGGAAAAUAUCCAAGUUAUAUAUUUCUUUUCUUUCUCAUACUUCACUGAGCUUACGGCUGUAGUGGAUUUUGACCUCAUGAGAUAAAAUAAGCAAGAAUAUGUGUUAGUAUUACUUUCGUGAGAUUCGGUUUAUCAUCCUCUGGAGUAAAGAUUUGAGAGAUUGCCUCUUUAGUAGAUAAUUACUAAGGCAGCAGGAAUUCUGAAAUAAAGGGUAUAAUGAGAAAUAUCCACUAUUAGUAUGCCCAAUGUAGAGGGCAUUGCCGGUGGGUUUAUAAUCAUAAUCCAGGGGUGAUUUGUGGGUAUGUAUAAAUGUAGGUUCUCCGACUGGCAGCCGGUGAUGGUGAUGCUGAAAACUCUUCCAAUGUACCCUGGGCUUUGAGAAAGCCCUCAGGCAAAUCCAGCAUGAAACAAGCCAAAGAACGGAAUGGUGAUCCCAAAUAUAGGAUAGACGAGUUUAACGAACCUCCAUCUCGUCUCUCUGGUGUUCGAUCACUACUGCCCUUGCCUGGGGGCAAUCUGCUCACAGGGGGAACCGACUUGAAGAUACGCUACUGGGAUCACCAGAGGUUCUUUUUUUUCCCUAAUUUCCCUUUUCUCCUUGUGCACUUGGGUUCCUUCUUGGGGUAAGUCAUUCAUUGAUGGACGACUUUUUUCUUUCCCGAACAUGGCAGCGCUAGUAGGAGUUACUGUAUAUGUGGACCUUCUGCAAAAGGCAUUGGAUGUGAUGAGCAGUACAAUACCAGAUCUUGCUUUGGAGUCCAACUUGUACAGGUAAUCAUUGCAUCCUCUCUAAGCCAGUCUCCGUUGCCUUGAUCUGCACACUAGAUUUAUUUUUUCAAAUCAUACUAAGGAAACUUUCGCUUCUCAGACGUCCGUCUCAUUCACUGGAAAAGUCAACCCACUUGACGUAAUUCUAUGUGUUGCAAUCGCACACCUUUAAUCUAGUGCCCUCAUAUUUGUCUCAGUAAUGCUGUUCUCAGAUUUUUUAUUUUUUUUUAAAAUACCAUUGGAAGCGAACUUCUCAGAUUGCUGUAUUUUGAUCAUGGGAUUUAUUCAUUAAGCUACGUAACCAGUCAGAUCUUCUGCUUUUGAGGUUGUAACGGCACAUUUUUGGACAAAUCAUUGCUUGCACAAAAGUUUGGAUAACAAUUCCUCAGGAAUAAGUGAUAGAAGUUGAGAGUGGUUCAUUCAGUUCCUAAAAAUAGUAUUCGUACUAUGUUUUAUUGUGUUUUAUGGAUCGGGCUUCUGCAUCCAUCUCUGUUCAUCUUCCUGAAGGUUGGAGCAGCUGUUUUCUCCUCAUGAUUCUCACUAUCGACCACUUUUUUAAAACUAAAUGAGAUGAAUUUUAGUCAAAAUUCCCAAGAAAUAUUCAUUCGAAUUGAGAGUGUUCCUGCCCCAUUUUGUGCACCAACUCCAGAUUGAUUCAUCUAGGAGCCGCAAAUAUUUUCUGCCCAAACCAGGAAAGGAAUUGCUUAGCCUCGCACUCUAUCUUGCAGGAGACCAGCAAGCAGCAUGUAGCGCUGAAGCUGAACCAGAAGGCUCUGCUAGCUGUGGCCGCCACGGACACCGCCGGCUGCCACCGGGACUCCGUGCUCUCCAUGGCGGCGGUGAAGAUGAACCAGAGACUGCUGAUCUCUGGCAGCCGAGAUGGUGCAAUCAAGGUGUGGAAGUAG